AAGUCUUUAAUCAAAUACCUACUCUAUAUACACUUAACAAAAUAGGUACCAGAAAAGAACACAAGUGUAAAGACUGUGGUAAAACAGGUCAUUGUUUUUCAGGUGUAAAUCUACAGAAAAAAAAAUGUAUCCUGGACAAAAGGCUGAUAUGUGUAAAGAAUGUGGCAAAGAAUUUUGGAGUACCUCAGCCCUUACUCAUCAUCAGAGAUUUCACACAGGAUACGAGCCUGGUAAAUAUAGAGAAUGUGCUAAAGCUUUUAUCCAGUCUUCAGAUUUCAAUGAAUAUCAGAAAAUUCAUUCAGGAAAGAAAUUUUUCCAAUGUAGUGAAGGAGCCAGUGCCUUUACAGAGUCCUGUAGUCUUGCAGAAGAUCACAGAAUUCAUACUGAGGAAAAGCAUUAUGAGUGUAGAGAAUGUGGAAAAGCCUUUAGGUGCUCCUCAAGCUUUACUUGUCAUCAGAGAGUUCAUACUGCAGGGGAACCUUAUAAAUGUAUACAAUAUGACAAAGCAUUUACACAGUCUUCAAACCUUACUUGCCACCAAAUAACUCAAAGUGGAAAGAAGCCUUAUAAAUGUACACAUUGUGGGAAAGAAUUUACACAAUCCUCAAGUCAUACUCGACAUCAGAAAAUUCAUACUGGAGAGAAGCCUUAUGAAUGUACACAAUGUGGGAAAACCUUUAGCCGGACUGCAAACUUGACUCGGCAUCAGAAAAUUCAUACUGGAGAGAAGCCCUAUGAAUGCACACAAUGUGGGAAAGCCUUUAGAGAGCAGGGAACACUUACUCAACAUCAGAAAAUUCAUACUGGAGAGAAGCCUCAUGAAUGUACACAAUGUGGCAAAACCUUUAGCCGGACUUCAGUCCUUACUCAGCAUCAGAAAAUUCAUACUGGAGAGAAGCCCUAUGAAUGUAGACAGUGUGGCAAAACCUUUAGCCAGACUGGACACCUGACUGGGCAUCAGAAAAUUCAUACUGGAGAGAAGCCCUAUGAAUGUACACAAUGUGGCAAAACCUUUAGCCGGACUGCACACCUGACUCGACAUCAGAAAAUUCAUACUGGAAAGAAGGCUUAUAAAUGUACACAAUGUGGUAAUGCAUUUAGGUUCCUAUCAACACUUACUAGACAUCAGAGAAUUCACACUGGAGAGAAGCCUCAUGAAUGUGCUCAAUGUGGGGAAGCCUUUAGGCUCCAGUCAGCACUUACUGGACAUCAGAAAACUCAUACUAGAUAAAAGCCUUAUAUAUGUGAAAUGUGUGGUAAGGCCUUCAAACUGUCCUGUAACCUUUCUCAGCAUCAGAAAAUUCAUGGAGGAAAGCCACCUUGUAAAUGUGGAGCAUGCCAUAAAAUAAAGUAUUAUUACAACUAUCACACAUUACCCAGCAUCAAAUAA